ACCAGGGCAGGCGGAGAGCAAGAGUGAGCGGCGGCAGCGGGGAGCACGCACCCGCGUGCGGGGGGCUCGUCUCUGCUCCCCAGAGGGUCGCCGCGCUCCUGCCAGGGAUGGGGAGGAUGUGAGCGGGGACGGCACCUUCACUGCUCUGCUGGGCCAUGGGAGUCUGAGAGCGGCUGGUCCUCGCCUCGCUGCCAACAGCCACCAUGGGCUGCUGCUGCAGCUCGGACUAUGACGAGGACUGGAUCGAGAACAUCGACAUUUGUGAGCACUGCAAUUACCCCAUCGAGCCCAACAGCAAGCGCCAGAGGCUGAUCCGCAACGGCUCCGAGGUGCAAGACCCCCUGGUGUCCUAUGAGGCCACAUCUCCGCCGUGCUCCCCCCUGCAAGGUAAGGGCCAGCCACAGCAGGGGGUGGCUGUGGACACCCCCCCAGUUGGCCACGGCCACCCUGCCCCUCCGCUUGUCCUCCCAGAUAAGCUGGUGGUGGCCCUGUACAACUACGAGCCCAAGCACGAUGGGGACCUGGGGCUGCGGAAGGGCGAGAAGCUCCGCAUCCUGGAGGAGAGCGGGGAGUGGUGGAAGGCGCAGUCGCUCACCACCGGCCAGGAGGGUUUGAUCCCCUACAACUUUGUGGCCACGGUGAACAGCCUGGAGCCUGAGCCGUGGUUCUUCAAAAGCAUCAGCCGCAAGGAUGCGGAGCGGCAGCUCCUGGCGUCGGGCAACACGCACGGCUCCUUCCUCAUCCGGGAGAGCGAGACCUCCAAAGGCUCCUACUCACUGUCGGUGAGGGACUUCGACCAGAACCAAGGAGAGAUGGUGAAGCACUACAAGAUCCGCAACAUGGAUAACGGCGGGUACUACAUCUCCCCCCGCGUCACCUUCAGCAGCUUGCACGAGCUGGUGGAGUAUUACACACGCAGCUCCGACGGGCUGUGCACCCGCCUCGGCAAGCCCUGCCGGACCCAGAAGCCGCAGAAGCCGUGGUGGCAGGAUGAGUGGGAGGUGCCGCGGGAGUCGCUGAAGCUGGUGGAGAAGCUGGGAGCGGGGCAGUUUGGAGAAGUCUGGAUGGGUUUCUACAAUGGUCACACCAAGGUGGCCAUCAAAAACCUGAAGCAGGGCAGCAUGUCACCCAGCGCCUUCCUGGCAGAGGCCAACCUCAUGAAGAACCUGCAGCACCCGCGGCUGGUGCGGCUCUACGCCGUGGUGACGAAGGAACCCAUCUACAUCAUCACGGAGUACAUGGAGAAGGGCAGCCUCGUGGACUUCCUCAAGACCUCGGAAGGAGUCAAGCUCACCAUCAACAAACUGCUGGACAUGGCCGCGCAGAUCGCCGAAGGCAUGGCCUUCAUCGAGGCCAAGAACUACAUCCACCGCGACCUGCGGGCUGCCAACAUCCUCGUGUCAGACACCCUGUGCUGCAAAAUCGCCGACUUCGGGCUGGCCCGCCUCAUCGAGGACAACGAGUACACAGCUCGCGAGGGGGCUAAAUUCCCCAUUAAGUGGACGGCACCAGAGGCUAUUAAUUACGGGACUUUCACAAUCAAGUCUGAUGUCUGGUCGUUCGGCAUCCUGCUCACAGAGAUCGUCACCUACGGCCGGAUCCCGUAUCCAGGGAUGACCAACCCUGAGGUGAUACAGAACCUGGAGCGUGGUUACCGCAUGCCGCAGCCGGACAACUGCCCGCAGGAGCUGUACGAACUGAUGAUGCAGUGCUGGAAGGAGAAGCCUGAGGAACGUCCCACCUUUGACUACAUGAAGAGUGUCCUGGAGGACUUCUUCACUGCCACCGAGGGCCAGUACCAGCAGCAGCCAUGAGGACCCCAGCAGCAGCUGGGACACCCUCGCGUUGGGGUGUCCGGGGGUGCUCCCCCUGCACCGGGUCCCCGCAGACUCCAUACACGUCGCCCCGGGGGCAUUGGUGAGCGCUGCCUGGACCUCAGCAGUAAAGAUUUGAAGCGCUUCAACUCUUUGGAGCAGCGGAUUUCACCCCCCUGGAAGGCGACGGACGGCUAAAGCCAACAAGUGACUCCAAAGAGUGGGGGGUGGGUGCGUGGGGGCCCCGUGGGUGCCCACCACAGUCCCUGCGCUUGCCUGGGCGCAAACCCAGGCUCCAGCCCCAGGCGGGGCCACGCCAGCCCUCACCCCUCUGGCUGGGCCUCGCCUCCUCCUUCGCCCCGGUGAUGGCCGAUACCCCCCCGCGAGCGAUGGCUGCCCCGACUCUUGGCCGUGGGACACUCUUUCUUCCCCCAUGGGGUUUGCAGGACUUGUCCCGUAACCGCCGUCGCAUCUUGGGGAAAUAAAGGCCUUUGCACCGGC